AUGGACUCCAUCAGGACUCGUCUGAGACAGUCAGUGUCUCUCCACCGCUCAGUGGGCGUGGCCAUGGAGGAGGAGGAGGCGGGGGGAGGGGCCCAGAGGGUGGAGAGUGACAUCACAGCGCUGGUGCUGCGGGGUCGCCGUGGUUACCGAAGAGCCGGCGUGUUUGUGUUUGUGUGUGGAGUCAUCGUGUUUACCACCGCGUUCCUAUUGGCCUACGCCGUGUUCGGUGGGCGGUGCCACAGCACGCAGGUGGGGGGGUGGGGAGAGGAGGAUUGGCAGCCGGGGGGCGGGGCUAAGCCACCUGCAGAGGGAGGGGCGGGGCUUUACCUGGGAGAGCUGAGGGUGAUGAUGAGGAAGUUGCUACAGGACGAAGAUAUUCACAACACCGUCAGUCGGGUCAGCAGAGCGAGUCACCCUCCCGGAUCUGCAGAGGGAACGUCUCUGGCCUCAGAGAUCCUGCGUCGCUUCAGACGGCUGCAGAUGGAUCACACCUGGACCGAGUCUCUGUACGCCACGCUGCAGUUCCCCCACAGGUCUCAGAGGAGUUCUCUGUGGCUGGUGGACUCUGCAGGUCUGAUCUCAGAGCAGAUUCCUCUGAACCCGGCAGACUUCUGUCCAUACAGCGCCACAGGAAGUACCACGGGGGGCGUGGUCUAUGCCAACUACGGCCGUCCGGAGGAUUUCAAUUGGCUGAAGAGUUCGGGUGUGUCUGUGAUUGGCUGUGUGGUGGUGAUGCGUGUCGGGGGCGGGGUCAGCUUCGCUGAGAAGGUCUGGUUGGCUGAGAGGUACGGAGCAGGCGGAGCUUUGAUCUACCCCGACCCUGCUGACCUGCCGCAGGACCCCCGACGCCUCGGACUGAACACACACACCGCCGUGUCUGAACAUGUACACCUGGGGUCAGGUGACCCCUUCACUCCCGGCUUUCCUUCCUUCAAUCACACACAGUUCCCGCCAAUUCAGUCUUCCGGCCUGCCGCUCAUCCCGGCUCUGCCAAUCAGUGCCACCGUGGCAGCCAAGCUGCUCAGCCAGCUGUCUGGUCCGUCCUGUCCUCCGUCGUGGCGGGUUCGGCUGCCGUAUGUGCGCUGCGUGGUCGGUCCACAGUUCAGCUCAGGGCGCCGAGUCAAGAUGGCCGUCCACAAUGCCAUGACACCUGUCCUGCUCAACAACAUCUUCUCCUCUCUGGAGGGCCGGGACGAGCCAGACCAGUACAUCAUACUGGGAGCUCAGAGGGACUCGCUGGGUCCAGGAGCCGUGAAGUCUGGAAUCGGGACAGCGAUCCUGCUGGAGCUGGCACGAACAUUCUCUGCCAUGGUGAAAAAUGGUUUCAGUCCCAGACGCAGUUUGCUGUUCGUCAGCUGGGACGCCGGAGAUUUUGGGAACGUUGGAGCUACUGAGUGGCUGGAGGGUUACCUGUCCAUGCUCCACCUGAAAGCUGUGGCUUACUUCAGUCUGGACCAGGCCAUCAUGGGGGAUGACGUCCUGUCAGCCUAUAGCAGCCCUCUGCUGGUCGACCUGCUGGACGCCGCCAUCAGACAGGUGGAGCAUCCGAAACAUGCUGGUCAGACCAUCUACAGUCAGGCAGAGAGAGACGGAGGCAGCUGGAGGAUUAUGAAGCCGUUGUAUCUGAACAGUGGAGCGUACAGUUUCACAGCGUUUGCAGGAGUUCCAGCCAUGGAGCUCAGAUUCACUGAGGAGCGAGCGUACCCAUUCGUCAACACGCCGUUGGACAGCGUGUCCCGCCUACAGGAAGUGCUGGGGGGUCGUCUGGGGGUCACGGGGCGGAGCUUAGGGGAGCUGGUGGGGGAGAUGGUGCUGCGAUUGGCCCACGACCACAUCCUGCCGCUACGCAUCACGUCGUACGCUCAGACGGUGCUGCAGUUCAGCGCUCAGCUCAACAAGCACUCUGCUGAGCUGCAGUCCAGAGGUUUGUCUCCGCAGUGGGUCUUCAGCGCCAGAGGUGAUUACAGCCGAGCAGCCGAGACGCUGCAGAGAGCCAGCGACUACAGCGACCUGCACGACCCGACCACCGCACGCUCCUACAACACCCGCAUCAUGAGGGUGGAAUACUACUUCUUGUCUCAGUACGUGUCGGUAGUUGAGACGCCAUUUCGUCAUGUGAUCCAUGGCCGUGGAAACCACACUCUGAGCGCGCUCACUGAGCACCUGGCCCUGCUGACCUCUGACCCUGGACGCUUCGACGAGGGACGCUUCAGACGACAGCUCGCCUUGUUCACCUGGACGCUGCAGGGCGCCGCCAACGCUCUGAACGGAGACGUGUGGAGCAUACACAACAUACACACAUGAUAACACAUAGAUACAUAAAUACACACAUAUAUAUAUACACACACA